AUGCGCAGCCUUGGGCUCCUGCUGCUCGCCGCGCUGGGGCUGCAGGGGCCUGUACCCAGAGAGUGUGAGCUACAUCCUGGGGGCCCGAGGGCACACCUUCACCCUGCACCUUCGGAAGAACAGGGACCUGGUGGGCUCGGGCUACACAGAGACCUACACAGCCGCCAAUGGCUCCCAGGUGACAGAGCAGCUGCAGAGACAGGACCACUGCUUCUACCAGGGCCACGUGGAGGGGCACCCACACUCGGCCGCCAGCCUCAGCACCUGUGCCGGCCUCAGGCGGGCCCCGUCAUCCACCUGAUCGAGCCCCUGGCGGGGGCUGGGGAAGAAGGACCACACGCCCUGUACCUGGCACAGCACCUGCAGCAGGAGGCUGGCACCUGCGGCGUCAACGACAGCAGCCUGGAGAGCAUCCUGGGGCCGCGAGUAUCUGCAGCCCUCAGACCCCGGGUGAAACCCAGAGAGACCCGCUACGUGGAGCUGUUCGUGGUCACGGACAGCACGGAGUUCCAGCGGUUUGGGAGCAGAGAGGCCGUGCGUCAGCGGGUGCUGGAGGUGGUCAACCACGUGGACAAGCUCUAUCAGGAGCUCAAUUUCCGCGUGGUGCUCGUGGGCCUGGAGAUGUGGAAUGGUGGGGACAAAAUUCAGGUCAGCUCCCAGCCCGAAGCCACACUGGACAGCUUCCUGGCCUGGAGAACUCGAGAGCUGGUGGGCCGGGAGGCUCACGACAACGUGCAGCUCAUCACCGGGGUCGACUUCACCGGGACCACUGUGGGACUGGCCAAGGUGUCUGCCAUGUGCUCCCAGAACUCGGGGGCUGUAAACCAGGACCACAGCCCGAAUCCCAUCGGUGUGGCGAGCACCAUGGCCCACGAGAUGGGCCACAACCUGGGCAUGGACCACGACGAGAAUGUCGCCGGCUGCUACUGCCCGGUGCCGCGGGAGGGCGGCGGCUGCGUGAUGGCGGCCAGCAUCGGCUCCCGGUACCCCAGGAAGUUCAGUCAGUGCAGCCGGGCCGACCUGGAGACGUUCGUGGAGAAGCCCCGCACGGCCUGCCUGGUGGACACCCCGGACCUUGCCCGGCUGGUGGGCGGCCCUGUGUGCGGAAACGGGUUCCUGGAGCGCGGGGAGCAGUGUGACUGUGGCCACCCGGAGGACUGUCAGAAUCGCUGCUGCAACGCCAGCACAUGCCUUCUGGCCGAGGGGGCUGAGUGCGCCCAUGGCGCCUGCUGCCACGAGUGCAGGGUGAAGCCGGCUGGAGAGCCGUGCCGCCCCGCGAAGGACCAGUGUGACCUCGGCGAGCACUGUGACGGCCGGUGGCCCACAUGCCCCGAGGACGCCUUCAGGGAGAACGGCAUGCCCUGCCCGGGGGGCUACUGCUACAACGGGGCCUGCCCGACGUUGGCCCGGCGCUGCCAGGACUUGUGGGGGCCAGGCUCGCGGGUGGCUGUGGAGACUUGCUUCCGCUACAGCAUCUCCGAAGGCUGUCGGGCUGGGGUCCCCCUGCAGUCCGGCAGGGUCAACAGGUGCGGCACUCUCUUCUGCGAGGCGGGGCAGGAGCCCCCGGAUCGCGGAUACUGCAGCCUCACCACCUCCUCAGGCGUUUGCUGGGCUGCCGUCCAGGACGGCAGCACCGCGUAUGAGCCGGUGCCCAAGGGCACCAAGUGCGGUGAGGAGCAGGAGUGCAACCACAAGGGCCAGUGCCACUGCCACCCGGGCUGGGCCCCGCCCUACUGUGCAGAGCUGCUGUCCGACACGCACGCAGCCCCUGGGAGCCUCCGAACACAUGUGCUGGCGGGCGUGGGCGCCCUGGUGGUGCUGGUGCUGAUCCUGGUGGGCGUUCUCAUCUACUGCAAGGCCCGGAGCCCAGUCCGAAGGAGGAACGUGGCACCCAAGACUGCCAUAGGGCUCUCCAACCCCCUGUUCCACGAAGGGCUCAGCAAACCUGCGAAAGGCGGGGCUCAGGCUCCCCCCAGGGGCCCCCUAGAGCCGGCCCCUCCCUCCCAGCCCCCCAAGCCCACAGAUUCCUCAGUGAUCUCUAAGCGACCACCCCCUGCCCCUCCAGCCGCCCUGGCCAGCCCGCCGUCCCCUCUUCCUGUGUACCCCCCGCAGGCCCCGGGCCAGCAGCUCAGACCUGCUCCUCCCGCCAAGCCCCUUGCGGUGCUGAAGCCAAAGCAGGUCAUCAAGCCGACCUGCGCUCCCCCGGUGCCACCCGUCAAGCCUGGAGUGAGAGGGGCCCAGCCUGGACCCACUCAGGUUGCUCUGAAACCCCCUGUCCAGAGGAGGUGAUGGGGCCCAAGCUCAAAGCACCCUGAGGGGUGUGGUCCCGUGACCUCGCCAGCAGCAGCGAGAUGCAGCCGCCUGGCCCCAGGCCCUCCACCCGCUCAGGGGCUGAGUCCUCUCUGAACUGUCCUAAGAGAAGAGCCAGCUCCCCAGGGCCAAGACCACGCUUCCGUGUCUCAAGGUCACAGCCUAGCGCCUCCGGACCCGGGACUCCCUGGCUGGGCCCAGGACUCCCAGCUGGGCCAUCGGCUGCUGUCCUGACCUGGGGAAGGAGGUUGGGGGAGGCCAGCCCCUCCUCCACCGCGUGUCUUCAGACCGCCACUGGUGUCUUAUCUGGUACCUGAAAACCUCAGGUGCACAUUUAGCAGGGCUCAAAAAUCUCAGGUGCACAUUUAGCAGGGCUCAAAAAUUUAAUAAAAUGUUUAUAUUUUACGAUUAA